CCUUCUUCGGGCGCUGCCUGGUGCGCCUGCUGCUGCUUCUGCUCUGCACCAGCCUCUCGGGCGGGAACUCGGCAGAUCCAGCUAUGACAACACAAGAUUCCAAUCAGACUCAGGUGAAUUCUGUGACUAAGAUGUCCGUGACUGGACAUGAAUCAUCUGAUGCUGCCACGCAAGAGUUCAAGCCAGGAAACAAGCUGAGCGUUGAUCUCUCAGAGUAUGUGAUAGUCCUGCCUGGUGGGUGUCCAUCUGAAAAAAAUAUCUCUGUGGCCAGUCCAACUGAAGUUGAUCUUACAUGCAAAUUAGAUGAGAAUUCCAAUUUGAAAAAUCCUCAAGUGACAUGGAAAAAGGGAAGUGAAACAAUCAGUCACACCAGUAAUGCUCCAAACAGCUGGACCAUCAAAGUGACCAUCUCAGAGAGCAGUCACCUGGGAAGUUACACUUGUUUUCUGAAGGCUGAAAGAGAAAUCAGUGCUACGUUUCAUUUGAAUGUACCAACUAUUGAUGGAAGAGAAAAACCCGUAAUCGCUUAUAUAGGAGAUACAGGUGUAAUGGUUUGUAAAACCGAGUAUCAUCCCAGGGCUUGGAAGUGGUAUAAGACCAAUGGAACUGAGCUGGCUUCCAUUGAUAAGAUUUUGCCUAAAGACAAGUAUGAAAUUCUGAGCCGAUCUGCCAGUGAAAGCCGUUUGGAGAUACACAGGCUCACUGUGGCAGAUACUGGCGAAUACUGGUGUGAAGCUGAUUUUGUAUUAGGGCCCAGUAAAGCGAGGUUUGACGUUAGAGUUCUGUCCGUCGCAGAACCUCUCAAACCCUUUAUAGCAGUUGUGGCUGAAGUUGCUAUUCUUGUAACUCUUAUUGGCCUCUAUGAGGUGUAUUCAAAGAAAAGGAAAGCAAAAGGAGGUGAAAAAGAAUUUGACCAAAUUGAGCAACUUAAAUCCGGAGACAACGUAACUGAGAAGGACAAGUAGUUCUAUGCAGAGAGUGAAGGUUCCUUUAAAGGAGAUUUAAGCCAAUAGAAGUAGAAAUCAUCAUAAAAUUACAGAAGAUGUAUGCGGCCACUUAAACAUUCACUAUAUUUUGA